AUGUCCAUUCACUGGGCUUGCACAACCCAUUUGACAGUCAGCGGAACAAUAGGUGCCAACUUCUUUAUUCGCGCCAAUAAUGACACGAUCAAAUUUUUCGAGAGGCUGUCCGACAAGCUGGCACAUUGGUACACACCAGAUAUGGGUGUAAUGAUCCAUCAGUGUCACACUUGGGGUCGUCCACGAUGUGCUUAUUUUCCAUAUGAACUAGCACACUCAUGGGAAUGGAUGUAUUCGGAACAGAAAAAUCCGCCUUAUAUCAUGCAGUUAGACUGUGAGACAGACGGUGGCUCAAAACUAAUGCAACUUGGGAAGUUCGGGUUUCAGUUCAUUGACAGCAAUGGAACUUGCGACCACGAAAAGGUUAAUAUCUAUAAACGUUUUGAUGAGAACUUGUGUGAAUUCCAAGGUGGAGUCCCAUGUGGUCUAGUG